CGGCAUUCCUGCUUUAAUUACGGCUCAGAAUUUCAAUUUUUCAAAUCAACAAUUUGUUCUUUAAACCUUUAUUUUAUCAAAUUCGAUUGUAAAACUCGAUAAAAUGAACUCAAUUGAGCAUAUGGACAAGCCAAAGAGAAAUCCCCAGCCGCCAGGUGGUGCAAGUAGCAUGAUAUUUGGUCCGUACCCUACAGAAGUUAUCAAACCGAGAAACAACCAUACAGCGUCCACCAUUUUUGACUCGGACAAUCAGGAAAAUUUGGACAAAAGAAACGUCGACGUCAACAAUAACUUCUCCCCGAACGUUCAGAAUGAGAUCGUCAGUGAAAAGUCAGUUCACGAGAAAAACUUCAAGAAGCAGGGUUUUAAUCCAAUCACUGGUGAGAAUUAUUGUCAGUCUGCUGCUGAGAACGGGGUAAGCGGCGACAAGACGAAUGUGAAGCCGAAGGCCACUGGCGCCCCAGUGACCCCACCAAUUAUGACGUCACGUCGUCAGCCACCUGGCGGCAAAUCUUCAAUGUUGUGGUAGCGAUUAGAGGUUGUAGUGAGUGAUUCGUGUUUGUGUCUAGUGAGGAUUAGACAGAAUUAUUGCUUGUACACCUGUUUGAACGUGGCCUUCACUAAAUUUUUUCAGCAGUUUUUUUAAUCAACAUCUUAUUAGUAUUAUUAAGUCAUUCAGGUUUAUCAGAAAUUAUUUUGCCUAUUUUUUUCUUUUCAAUUAAUUAAUUUAUUUUAAUUCGUUUUUUCAUUAAAUUAUUCUAUUCAACGUUUGUUUUUCAUUCAUUCAGUCAGUCAGUAGGUCGGUCAAUUAUUCAAUCACACAUUCAUUGAAUCAUUCAUCCAUUUAUUUAACCAAUUUAUUCAUAUAUAAUAAAAGCUAACAUUGGUUUUAACACUGACAUUUUUACACAAUGCAUUUCUUUGGCUCACUAUAUAAAGACGAACUGUAUUAUGUAUAUUAUAUUGCUAUAACAUUAUGAUAACUAAAAGUUCGUGUGCCUAUAAAAUAAAUAAAUCAAUUAAUUUUUUGUU